AUGGAACCUGAAAGAUCAAGAAAACCUGUAAUGGAACCUGAAAGAUCAAGAGAACCUUUAAUAGAGCCUGAAAGAUCAAGAGAACCUGUAAUGGAACCUGAAAGAUCAAGAGAACCUGUAAUGGGACCUGAAAGAUCAAGAGAACCUGUAAUGGAACCUGAAAGAUCAAGAGAACCUUUAAUAGAGACUGAAAGAUCAAGAGAGCCUGUUAUCGAACCUGAAAGAUCAAGAGAACCUGUAAUGGAACCUGAAAGAUCAAUAGAACCUGUAAUGGAACCUGAAAGAUUAAGAGAACCUGAAUUGGAAUCCGAAAUAUCAAGAGAACCUGUAAUGGAACCUGAAAGAUUAAGAAAACCUGUAAUGGAACCUGAAAGAUUAAGAGAACCUGAAUUGGAACCCGAAAUAUCAAGAGAACCUGAAUUGGAGCCUGAAAGAUUAAGAAAACCUGUAAUGGAACCUGAAAGAUUAAGGAAACCUGUAAUGGAACCCAAAAGAUUAAGAGAACCUGUAAUGGAGCCUGAACACGAAAGAUCGAGAGAACCUGCCAUGGAGCCUAAAAAAUGUCUCUACAUGAGAACCUGUAAUGGAACCUGA